GAUUAAUUUAACGUCUAUGCAUGCCUCUAUUUGUUUUUCGCCGGCUAGACCACAGGAGGAAAGGCAUCCAGGGGAAUCCUUCUGUAAAUUUAAUGGAUGGAAUACCGGAUUAUCGUCCGAUAGAGAUUGAUACCCUGGCGGCGGAUGUUGGCAACGUCGGGGAUUGGGCGUGUCUAUUCUAAGCUACUGGACCUUCUUUUUGCCGGGUAAAUCACACUAAGAAAAAUAUCCAGAUGUCACAAUUGUCACAUGUCAAAAUAAUGGCGACAAAUUAAAAUUAAUUGUAGGGGGCAGAGUGGGUGAGUCGGAUAGGAGGCGUGUGAGUCGGGCCGUGUCUUUACCAUCAGAGCACAUUGAGGCCCGAGUUCGACUCCCCAAAGGAACAUGGGUAGUUCACCACUCAACCGUCAGGUGGCGCCUCGAAAUUGAUGUGGUUGCAACGGAGAUUAGAGUCGGAUACGGGCUCUGUGGGGCAGCCAAGACGACACUGCACGGUUCAUGGGUAAUACGGACGGUAUUAAGCACCAAGUAACACCAUUGCAUUCGUGGACGACGCCUCACGGGGUGUAUCCCCCUCAAGGAUCGUAGAUCUUGUAUCUGAUAGCGGUCUGGGGUACACCUUCGCGGGGAGCACCCCCCUUCUCUAAUCUCACAAAUGGAAAAUGGAGCGAGCAGAUUCAGAAAGUUUAGCUGAUUGGCUGCGAGGGUCACCUGCUCGUCUGGGUCGAACCAUAUUACCUUUCACACACACAACGUUUGGAAUAUGGCAGAUGAAGUGUUAAUUGACCCGCGCCUCCGGGGGAGUUUUCACGCACCAGUUCGAACAACACAAAACACUCGACAAGAUUGAGGUGCAGCAGUUGCUACCUGUGGUUCACGUCCAGUUUCACUUCAAAGUUGCGGUAGACGGCGAUCAUGGCCAGGCAGUCGUAGAAGCACAGGAGGGCCGAAGCCCAGAGAAAGAGCGAUUGAAACAAAGCCUCUGGACGAUUGACAGCCACCGAUCCGUGCUGAUUCUGGACUCCGCUGCUGAGGAUGACGGCCAUGGAGAGCGUCAAGAAAACCAGCCCUCCCAAGCGCAAACUCAUUUGAUUGUUGUCUGUUGUCUUGGACGGCGACGGGAGUAAAACAACCAGAGCCUGCAUGAGUCCAGCCAAGUUGUCCAGCUGACUGCUGUGCACACACGUCAAAAUGUCUCGACUGACUCUGCCGUUGUGAUAAGUUGGAGCGCAACUUUUUGGUAUACAUGGACAGGAGGCGAACGUUCCAGCCAGCCAAAAGGAGACGGGAAUCCCUUCACGCGCCUUUUGCCCUGCUGCUGCUGGCCCACACGAACGAAAAAAAAACAGGUCUUAUCCUCCUUAUUUUGGCUGGGUGGGGCAAGGUCUUGUGACUUUAUAAGGUCCACUAAAAAGCAGGUUUUUUCGGUGGUUGGACUGGCCGAAAAAUGAUAAAUGUCUGAUUAUUAUUAGGUUAUGCAGAUGGAGUGCAUUUCUCCGCGCUCUGUUGCUGCGCUUUCAUUUCUGGGAUUGUUGUAUUGUGGUAGGCACGUUUGCCCCAUUACCCCCACACGCCUCAGGUAACAAACUCGUUUUCAUUGUCUGAAUAAUUUUGUCUUUUGUUAUUUUUCUUUUCUUUUUUAAAAGAAUUGCGGUAAAGUUUAAAUGGCCCUUGGGACAGACGAUGCGAAAAUUGUUGGAGCAAAUCCUUUUUCGGGAGGAAUAAUUCCAAUCAAGUCGCGGUCGUUAUUUUUUUAAUUCCUCAUUUGCUGCAGUCGCCGUUGGCUGUGGGAAGAUUUAAUGAAGAAUAUGGCGAAUGUGAAAGAAGAAGUGAAUUAUCUACAACUUUCACUUUUUUAUUCUUUUAGGAGGAAACCCUACUGCUUCCGGCUAAAAAAAAAGGUUUUAUCCUAAAAGUUCGACGUGCUGCUCUGCGGCUAUGACAUUGUUGUUAUGAUGCUGGUGGUCGUCGUCCUUGCAAGAUGAAGUUGUUGUUCACGAUCUCUCUUUUGGUAACAUCAGUUUUCAUUUGUUGCGAAGGCACCGAAUGGCUCCAUUCUCUGCCAGUGUUGGAUGUUGUUGCUGUUCUUAUUCUUCGUGCACAGCAAAUUCCCAGUCCAGUCGAAAUGUGUUUGUUUUAUCCGCCAUAGGCUCCUAUAACGGGUGUAUGUGCAGCCUUGGCCAGAUUCUUCUUCUUUUAAGAGUUGAACCAUAAGCGCAUCACCGACGCUCUUAUUUUACAACUGAAAUGUCAGGUUUUCUUUUAAAGUCUUUGCGUGUCUUUGGUUUCCUGCGCAACCGUCGCCUUUUCAAUGCAUCAACUUUUUGUUUGUCUUUUUCGACGUCUGUCAAGUGCGGAGGAGCGGUAUACUCCCAUAUCUCGAGUUGAGCGUCCUUGCGUUGACUUUCAAACGUUAUAUAACUUGGAUAUACCUGGAAGAAGUACGGCGCUUUAAAACCGUUUUGAAUUAAUUGUUCCGAAAUACUGGAGACUAAAAACCUGUUGUGAGGUUGUUUUAUUUUCAAAGUCCUCUUGACAACAGCGCGCAACUUUAGUACAUGCUCAAACCAGUCAAGGAUCGAAAAAGGAAGUUUCUGAUUUACGAUCAGUUAAAAGGUCUAUUACUAAAUCGCUGGCAACUGUUUGACGGUUUGGGUUGUUAACGACGUUGCACGUUCCAUUUUCCAAUAACUGUUUAUUGGCAUUUAUGAAUAUCGCCGUUAUAGUAAUCAACUGCCUAUUCGACUCGUACCGUAUAUGUACAUUUGAAGAUGUUUGGAACAAGUUUUCAGGUUGACUUUUAGAUAGCCAAUAGUCGUCCAAGCUGCUCUGUUGAUCAUAAAUUUAUCCAAGUUUUUCUUUGCGUGUCAAAAUUAUAGUAAUAACGGUAUAGUAAGGUAUUACUAUUUCCUUAAAAUGGUUUCCUGUUUAUGUCCGUUUAGCUAGCUCUUUAUACUUAAGUUUAGUUUUCAAAUUAAGUGCUUAAGUAGUUAAUAUCUUCGCUCUUUAACUAUAGAUAGAAACAGUAAUUAUUUUUCUCUUAUAAUUCUUUAAAAAAGAAAAGUUUUUUGGAUUUUAUUCUUCAGAUUAUUGCGUUCCAGCGAAGGUUCAACAAGGUAGACAAGAUACGCCUUAUAUUGCCAGACACUACUAUACCUUCAUCGUAUGAUUCGUAUCACGUUACCUGGAUUAUUAAACGUAAAAUGAGGUUGUGAACGAGUCGAUAGAAUUCGGGAAUUUUUGCCGCCACAUCCAAUAGGAACAUCCUUGUGCCCUCCGUUACAUCACAUCGGUAUCCUCAGCAGUGGUGGACGCACCAACGCGUCCGUCAAAACCCACCCAGACGACACUUCCCUGCAAGCCAACACAACGUCAAUCCCGAGCAAAAUCGACAAAGCGGAGACUAUAAAAUCGGAAAUCUCGGAGACGGAAGGGAUGUCUCCGUCCCUGUUUGCCGAUUGUGAAAAAGUUGUCUUUACAUUAAAGUCCAAUGGAUGGUCCUGCGAGGUGGACAUAGCAGAAGCAAUUUCAAUCGAUAGGAACACUGACGGCGGGCGUUAAAAAGACAACUCAUUUCGUCGUUGGAUUCAUAAACCUCCCAAUCCUCCGUAGAAAAUGAAGUUCUUUCCGAUUGUCUUCAUUUUGGCUGUCGUCUGCCUGGCUGUCGCCGCUGGGGAAGCCCGUGAUGGAAUCUGCAAUUCCCAGAAGACCCCAACCAAGUUGAUAGCGAGAAGAACCUGGCCCGGUCAAUUUGCCACGACGACAACGACUGCCAAACCAACAACCGUAAAACCAUCGACGACAGCACCAACUACUGCCACAACCACAACAACCAUGGCAACAACAACUCCUUUGCCGAUUCUUUUUAAUUGCUCCGUUUCUAAUCCAGCGUGCGGAACUAUGUGUACCAAUCUGACGUCAGCGGGAGGUGUUGUCCAAUCUCCCAACUUCCCCGGCGACUACGGGAAUAACGAUAUGGAUUGCGAAGUCACUAUUACCACACCAGCAGAAUGGAUGAUCCAAUUGAAAUUCACAACCUUCAAUUUGGAGACUGGCAAAGCCUAUGUCUAUGUUAGCGAUGGUGUAACAAUGCUAUCGAAUCCGACCGGAAACACAAUUCCUGCCCUAGUCCCCGCAACAACCAAAAAAAUGGUCAUCCUCUUUACCUUUAAUCGCAGUAAUAAACCCAGCAGCGCAACCUACAAUUGGCGGGCGACUUUUUCUGUGACGAGCCAAGGGAGUUCCUGUUCCGUUAUCAAUCCUGCUUGUGGAAAUAUGUGCACCAACGUGACGUCAGAGGGCACCGGUGUUGUCCAGUCUUCAAACUUCCCCGGUGACUACGGGAAUAUUGUAAGGAGUUGCCAAGUCUCUAUUGUCGUGCCAGCAGGAAAGAGAAUCCAGUUGACAUUCACUACCUUCAAUUUGGAGGCUGGCUACAGUUCUAUUAAUGUUCUCGAAAGUGGCAAGAUUUAUAUGUUCGGUGUAACCGGAAGUGCAAUUCCUGCAGUAGUCACAACAUCAGCCAACAUAGUUUAUUUGCAGUUUGAUAACCGUGCCAGUACUAAACCCAACACCGCAACAUAUAAUUGGCAGGCAACUUACACUGCUGUGACGGUGUAGAUGCAACAAGUACAACACCUCGAACGAUCGAUGAAAUAAAUCGCUUCACUUUUCUUUUUAUGGAAGCAAAUCUAUUUAGUCAUGAUUCAACGAAUCUUUAAAACUUCCAGCAGCAUUUACAACAACAAUCAACAUACCAUUGACACUCGAUGUGCCUUAACACACUUGGACACAGCGCCGUAAUUUCAAAUUAUAUUCAAAUUCAUCUCUUUAUUUUUUUAUUAUUAUUAAUUGGAAAAAAAUAAACAAAUUG